UCUCUGCAUCCAGAGCCGGGUAGAGGAAGGUGGAGAGAGCCGUUCUACACUCUGACGAGCCCGGACUGGAGUAGCUGAACCUCCCGGUGUUUGUGUGUGCCUGUGUGCCUGUGUGUGUGUGUGUGGUCCCUUCAGCUGUUAUCACCAUGGGAGUCCCAGCGGUGAUGUUUGUCAUGUUUCUGCACCUGAAGAAGAGUGUCCACCUGGAGACACACAGCUGCUCUGUCCAACACUGCAGCUGCAGCUGAGGCUGACGCUGCUGCAGCAGGAGCAGGAGGAGCAGGAGGAGCAGGAGGAGGAUGACAAACAUCUAGAGAUGAGAAGUGUUUCUCCAGCAGAGAACCUCAGCAUCUGCCGUCAUUAAAACCAGGAUGUCUGCCAUGUGUGUGCGCGCACUGCUCUUUUACACAGUGGUGGUUGACGUCUCAGCCCGGGUUGUGCCCACAAAGAGCCCGGCCGACCAGACUGUUCUGUCUCCCCGCCACUACCAGCACACUGACCCCAUCUCAGGCCUCCAGCUGAUCUGCGACAAGUGCCCGGCGGGCACCUACGUGUCCUCCCACUGUUCGUCCACAGCUGUGAGGGAGUGCAGCCCGUGUCCCGAAGGCACCUUCACUCGGGGCGAGAAUGGCGUCCAGCAAUGCCAUCACUGUCGUGCCCCGUGUCCCGUGGGCUUUAUCGAGAAAGCCAGCUGCACGGCCACCCAGGACCGCGUCUGCACUUGUCCACCCAACAGCUUCUUGUUGGUGGACGGCACGGAGUGUAAGCCUCACUCAAUGUGUCCUGCAGGGACGAGGGUAAAAAAACGGGGUAGCGCGACAGCGGACUCGAUCUGCAAGCCGUGCAACAAGGGGACGUUUUCAGGGGUGAGCUCGACUGCGGUCAAGUGCCGGACCCACACGGACUGUCAAGCCCAGGGGCUAGUGCUGCUCACGCCAGGGACUAGAGAGACAGAUAAUUUCUGUGGAUCGUCCGCUACAACCCCGCCAUCCUCCUCUGCAUCUUCAUCUACAUCUCCAAGCAUUCAGUUGGGACCUGCUCAGAAAGCGAUUGUCCAGGAAGCCCAAACCUAUUCAUCUUCUCCACUAUUGUCACUGAAUGGACCUGCUCAUAAAGGCAUCUACAGCCAGUCAGCAGCGAUUCAACUGAGGGACAGCCAGGUUGGGGAAAACCACCAUGUGGACGGGCUACACCUUAGCCUUCCCGACACUCCCAUCCCACCCAUCCAUGAUCCCCCAAGGACUCAACUGUCCCCAGCUCGCAGGCUACCAAUGGAUAGUGAGCAACAACGGGGGCAACCCAACUCUGACGCCGUUCCAGGGCCCAACAGGCAGGGAAUGGACGGUCUGGUUAGUUCAGAGGUAGUAAGGGUUGGGACAAGUGUCAGCAAGGUUGCCGAGCAGGGGAGUGGAGGUGACGGAGGUGGUGUGUCCACGUACUACCGGCCCACUCGCAGAGGGUCCCCGAGGCCGAGCAGUCAGAAUCACUUUGACAUUAAUGAGCACCUGCCCUGGAUGAUUGUGCUGCUGCUCUUGCUGGUUUUGAUUGUAAUUGUGGUGUGUAGUGUGAAGCGGAGCUCUAGGGUGCUGAAGAAGGGCCCAGUGCAGGAUCCUUGCAGCAUCAUGGAGAAGGCCAUUCAGAAGAAACCAUCUGCACCUCCUGCACAGAUCAAAGAGAGGUGGAUCUACUAUUCCAAUGGACAAGGGGUGGAUAUCCUGAAGCUGGUGGCAGCUCACGUGGGCAUCCAUUGGAUCGACAUCUACCAGUCGCUGGCUAACGCCACGGAGCGCGAGGUGGCAGCCUUCUCCAACGGUUACUCGUCAGACCGCGAGCGGGCGUACGCAGCGCUGCAGCACUGGACCAUACGCGACAGCGACGCCAACUUGGCCAAGCUGAUCAACGCGCUGCACCGACAGCGACGCAUCGACGUGGUGGAGAAGAUCCGCUGUGUCAUGGAGGACAACCCACAGUUUGACAUCAACCAGCUGAUGACCUCGGUGAAUGUAAGCCAAAGCCUCAGUCCCGUCCACAAGGUGCCGGGGUCGCCCGCCAGCAACAGCAGCCGUGGCAGCAGUGGCGGUGGUAGCGUGGGGGCCUCCAGCGGCGUGGGUGUGGAGCAGUCGCCAGUGGACCGCAGCAAAGGUUUCUUCCCCGACGAAUCUGAACCGCUCUUGCGCUGCGACUCCACCUCCAGCAAAGACUCCGGCCUCAGCAGGAACGGCUCCUUCAUUACCAAAGAGAAAAAAGACACCGUGCUGCGGCAGGUGCGCCUGGACCCGUGUGACCUGCAGCCCAUCUUCGACGACAUGCUGCACAUCCUCAACCCAGAAGAGCUGCACGUGAUCGAGGAGAUCCCGGACGCCGAGGACAAGCUGGAUCGCCUCUUUGAGAUCGCGGGAGUAAAGAGUCAGGAGGCCAGUCAGACGCUGCUGGACUCGGUCUACAGCCACCUCCCCGACCUGUUGUAGUGGAGGAUGGAGGAGAAGAGGAAACUGCACAGGCGGUCACAGACAGUCAGUACAGGAUAUUAUCUAAGUAGCAGAGAUUAAUCAGAUCUGGUGUUGUUCAGAAUUAGCUUGGGGUUGAUACUGGGGCUGUUGUGUUAUUUUGUCACAUGAGCAUUAAGUGGCCACUCCCUUCAAUGACUUUUUCAACUCUUUACUGGAAGUUUUUUUUUUCUAUUUACCCUCCGAUCUCCCUCCUUUGUGUGGUCGGUUUCUCCUCCAUCCUCCACCACGAUACAGGGUCAACUAUCAGUAUAGUGAAAACACUAUGAGGUGAUACUUUAUUCACUUUCUUUAACUAUGCUCAGCCUUGUUAAAGGUGGUGUUAUACAUGUAUUAUACACCUGAGAAGGACCUGUAAACGCCAUUAAACACACACUUAAGCACUUUCUUAAUCUUAACUGGACGACGACGCCAUCUUACAAGGUUGUUUUUUUUUUUUUUUUUUCAACAAUUUCAGUGUUACAAAGGGAAACAAGUAACAUGGCAGUCAUCACUAAGUGACUACAGAGACAAUAAGCUAUAGCUCUACACGACACUGGUAUAAAGCUUUGGUUUUCAAAGUUCUUAUGAACCGCAUUCACGAGUAUUUUGUCCGGGUGUGAACUGACCCAUAAAUCAUGUGCCUGACCUUGUUGUCCCCAGUCUCACCCCAUUCUUUCUUCUAUUUUUAUUUUUUUUUUUUACUUCCUUCUCUUGCUCUGCCUUGAACCUGAACAGAUCAUACAGUAUGUGGGUUGUCUUGUAAACACUCUGCCAGACCAACAGGUGGCAGCAUCAGAUAAGGGAGCCGACCUGCUGCUUUGCAUCCAUAGCCGUACAUCAGAAACAAUAAUUUGACACAAAUGAGAAAAGCCAGUAUUAGUGUAAUACUAGAGUAAUAUUUACUAUAUUAAAUGUUAUGAUAUAUUGCUUGGCUUUGAACUGUUUGCUUUUGGACAAAAAAGACUUAAGCCGGACUUUUAAAAUACAUGUAAACAUGUUAGUCCUGAAAUUGUACUAAAUAGAAUUUGGAUUCAAACGUACAGAAGAGGGUGUAUACUGUAUGUCACCUCUGUUGCAUAGUGGAAGAUGCCCCAUCAGUGGUUGUAUUCUGGACAUUAGUCCAAUAGAAUGUUUGUAGCUCUACUUAACUGUGCAUGGAAACAUACUAACUGUUUGACUCAGAAUUCUGCAGAUUGAUAACAAAUUUAAGAAAAAAAAAACCAACGUCAAGUGUUUAAUCUGCUUUUAAGACGUGCACUAAACUCUAAUUCUCCUGAGAUUGUGCAGAGGGGCCGUACGUGUGAACGCAAACACAAGUUGCUUCUUCUCUCCUAGUAUCUUCUUGUUCUUUCGGCUUCUCCCUUUAGGGGUCGCCCCAGCGGAUCAUCUGCUUUCAUCCCCCUCUGUUACAUGUCCUUCUGUGGUCUUCCUCUUUUCUUUUUAUUCUCCCAUCCUAGUAUGAUUUCCCUUAAAUAUCGAAAUGUAGGUUG